AACACAAUUUGUUAUCAGUGAAUUUUUUUAAUUUUAUUCACGGCGAUAAAAUAAAAACAAAAAUAAAACAUGUAUGACUUUAAUAGUAACAAUAAACUGCCCGGAGUCUAUUGGCUAAAGCAGCCUAUCGAUGAUUUAAAGUUAAAAAUUAAAAUCAAACCUAAAGCUAGUGCGAUAAAUUUACCAAAAUACGAAGAAUUCAUGAACAUAUCAACAACAGCUGAUUUAGAUAAAAUCGAAACUGAAGGGAUUGACGAAUAUGUAUUUAAAUGGCAAGAAAAAGUUUUCAGUGCUUGGGAAAUUAAGACUUAUAGUGAUGUACACAAUUGUGGUACUGAAACUCAAUUGGACCAUCAUAAUGCAUUAAAUACUAAAGAAUAUAAACCCCAAAAAGUAUUUACUUAUAUACAUGAGGAUUCUUAUUUACCAGUACCAUUGGAUUUAAAUAAAUUUCAAAACCAAAGAAGUAAUUUUAAUCUACUUUCAUGCUUUGAGAAUUUAAGCUUAACAGAUACAUUUAGGUCAUUUGGAGGUUCAAGUUCACUGCAUCAAUUAUUCCGUAGUCAAGAAAGUGUGAUAGAAAAAUCAAGUUGGAUUUCUAUGCAUGUUGUAUUUGAUGAUUCUACUUAUACUAAUGAUACUCAACUUUUAAUCAAACAGGAAUAUAUCCUGUUGUCUUUGUACUACAAUACAACUGACAAUUAUCUUAUUAUUUCACCUGAUGUGAACAAUUUGGUACAAAACCCUUAUAAUGUGUCCACGGAAAAUUGCUCGGCCAACUUUGAAUAUGGUGUUGAAAUCAUCUUUGAUGAGUCAGAAAGUGACCAAGAUCUAGUUAAUUUGCUUAAUAAACUGUACAUAAAAUGGCAAAAGAAACACAAACAAAUGGUGAAAUUCAUUCCAGCGCCAACGGGGAAAGAGAAAUUUCAUGUUAAUAUUGAAAUUGUAUCAGCAAAUGACUUUGAUAUGGAUAACAUUUAUAUUGAAUAUGAAAUUAAGAUACCAGAAAACUUUAAAUGUGAAGAUAUUCUCCAUGGUAGAACUCAUAUCAGCAAAGCUAACAAUGGCGAUAGAUUUUGGACAUAUGGACAAAUAAUUGAAUUGGAUAUAGAAAAUGAUGAGGAAAUAGAACUAUCGCCUCUACAGUUAUACCUUGAAGCGAUAUCUUUAGACUGGUGGGGUAGACAGCGAACUGAGGGGUAUUGUUACCUACCUCUGUGGUUAAUACCCGGGUAUUAUAACAAGGUAUUGACUUGCUCCCUCCCGGAGGAGGUGGAUAAGGUGGAAGCUAAUACCCGACGAUUCUUUGUAGGAGGAUGUCAUUUGAUAAAGGAUUUGGAAGUUUUAUCAAAGCCUCAAUUACAGAAUACAAAUUUCACGUACACAGAAACAGGAAACAUAAAUCUCCGUUAUAGUGUUAUUAGGCAAGUGAACAGUUCUGUAGAAGUAGCAGCUGCCAGCAGUUCCAGCGGCAGCGCGCUGCUGCAGCGCGCCGAGCUGGUCCUCCGGGAGUACAGCCGCGCCGCCGCCAGCCUCGCUGCGGCCAUCAAACAUAUUGACUCUGCCUAUACCUAAAAUAUAAUAUUCAAAACUGA